GGGUGUGAAUACUUUCUGAAGGUACUGUAGGUAAUUGUGGCUAAUGUUUGGAUUGUGUUGUUUGGUUUUCACUUAUUUUCUAUCUGUAUGGAAAUGCAAAUGUACGCCUCUGUAAUAUUGUGCUUCAGAUGUUUAUGUUGUGAGAAAGAAUUAAGAGUUAAGGGUUUUCUGAUUUUAUUUCAAAGUACACUACAAAGUCAUUUUAAAUGUAAUCUUGAAUCUGAACCUUUUGCCAGUUUACUUUGAUCCUUUUACUUUUACGAUCAAAGAUUGUGGUAAUUUAACUGGAAGGAGGGUAAUUCAUUUACAUGACAAUAGGGAUGGUCUGUUUUGUUUUCUACAACUCUCGUUCAACUCUGACCAAUCACAGCAAAGUGGGUUAAACUCGCGCGUGCGCUUUCGAUACGUUGUGUUUUUGUUGAUAUCCUGAUAUUUUUAGGCUCCGAGUUUAGCUUUCUGAAGCUAAUAAACCUCCCCUUUUUUGGGGGGUUUUACUAUUAUAGCCAAUUUAGACAAUAAUAAAACACCAUAGCUAGCUUUAUGAAGGGCUGAUGGAGAACACAAGGAAUUUGGCUGAGCGCACCCCGCGUUCGGAGCGUAAGCGUCAGGACUCGUUCGGUAUGUUUGACGGGUACGACAGCUGCAGUGAGGAGAGCACCAGUAGCUCCAGCUCAGAGGACAGUGAGGACGAGGUGCCCUCCAUCCCUGCCAGCCUGCCCAUCAUCAAGAACAAUGGACAGGUUUACACCUAUCCCGACGGCAAGGCUGGCAUGGCCACCUGUGAGAUGUGUGGGAUGGUUGGAGUGCGAGACGCCUUCUACUCCAAAACUAAACGCUUCUGCAGCGUCUCCUGCUCUAGAAGUUAUUCCUCCAACUCUAAAAAAGCCAGUAUAAUGGCUAGACUCCAGGGUAAACCACCUACGAAAAAGGCUAAGGUGUUACAGAAACAGCCUCUCAUGGCGAAGUUGGCAGCUUACGCCCAGUACCAAGCAAGUCAACAACAACAAAACCUGGCUAAAUCAAAAGCAGUAGUUCCUGUUGAAUGCUUUGACUGGGGAAGAUACAUCUGUAGCAAUAACCUGGUUGGAGCACCAGUCAGCUGCUUCAAGCAUGUCCCUAUGGGUAUGUGCUGGGGAGACCUAGCUGAAGGAGUGAGGGUGGAGGUGCUCAACUCCGAUACUAACCUCUCUACUAAAGUCUACUGGAUAGCAGGGAUCGUCAAACUUGCAGGGUUCAAGGCUCUGCUGCGGUACGAGGGUUUUGACAACGACACCAUCAGGGACUUCUGGUGUAACCUCUGCGUUCCAGAGAUCCACCCCGUGGGUUGGUGCGCCUCCAGUGGGAAACCCCUCGUACCUCCCAAAUCGAUACAGAAUAAGUACUCUAACUGGAAAGCUUUUCUUGUGAAGCGACUCACUGGAGCCAAGACACUGCCACCGGACUUUGCUGCUAAGGUCCAUGAGAACAUGCAGUUCCCUUUUAAGAAGCUGAUGCGAGUGGAGGUGGUGGAUAAGACGCACCUGUGCCGGACUCGGGUGGCUCUGGUGGAGCAGGUGAUCGGGGGAAGGCUGAGGCUCGUCUACGAGGAGAGCUCCGACGACUUCUGGUGUCACAUGUACUCCCCGCUCAUACACGCCAUCGGAUGGUCCCGGAGCAUCGGACACCGCUUCAAACGAUCCGAUGUGUCAAAGAAAAUCGAUGGUCAGAUGGACGCCCCCGCCCCGCUGUUUGCCAAGGUGAAGGAUGUGGACCAGAAUGGUGAAUGGUUCAAGGACGGGAUGAAACUAGAGGCCAUUGACCCUCUAAACCUCUCAGCUAUAUGUGUAGCCACUGUAAGAAAGGUGUUGGCAGACGGGUACCUCAUGAUCGCCAUCGACGGGUCUGAGGCAGCUGAUGGCUCAGACUGGUUUUGCUACCACUCCACUUCUCCCUCCAUCUUCCCUGCUGGCUUCUGUGGAAUCAACAACAUUGAACUCACGCCCCCUAGAGGGUACACUAAACUGCCAUUUAAAUGGUUUGACUACCUCAGAGAAACGAGUUCAAUAGCCGCUCCUGUGAAGCUCUUUAACAAGGAUGUUCCAAACCACGGCUUCCGCCAGGGCAUGAAGCUGGAGGCCGUGGACCUGAUGGAUCCCAGGCUGGUGUGUGUUGCCACUGUGACUCGGAUCGUCCACCGCCUGUUGCGCAUCCACUUUGACGGCUGGGAGGAUGAGUACGACCAAUGGGUGGACUGCCAAUCACCUGACCUCUACCCCGUGGGCUGGUGUCAGCUGACCGGCUACCAGCUACAGCCCCCCGCCGCACAGAUGGCCAGAGAAACCCCACCUGCUCUACCUAAGCAGAAGAAGAAAGCCCAACAGUACAAAGGCCAAAAGAAAAAGCGGAAGAUUCCGGUUGGUCGACGGCCCUUCAGUCAGGCAGGCAGGAGGAGGAGCCUAUCAGGGGAGGAGGAAGAGCAGAGUCCGCCCCCUUACUCCAGCCAGGGCCCCACUAUGGUCCCCCGGCCCCGCACCCACCACCACCACACCCACAAACCAGAGUCUCUGUUGCGUCUGAAAGAGGAGCCGGCUGAGGUGGAUGAGUUCACCUUCUCCCAGGGCAUCUCAGAUCAGGAGAGCAACGGCUCGGGCAGCUACUACAUCAAACAGGAGCCCUGAUGAUCCGGGGGACAGGGGCCUCGGGCUAGGCCCCCCAACUAGGAUAAGACAUCUUUAAACCAAGACGAGAACAACAGGGCAGGGAGCAUGGAGUGCUCUAAAAGAAAAACAUAUCCAGAGAAGCCAGUUUCUUACACCCCAAUCAGGAGAGAAUGCUACUGGGAUACAAACACUGAGUGACUUCACGCCCUGAAACCCCAACCCUCACCCACAAAUUAAGCUACUUGGGGCUCCCCAAAACCACCCAGGGGUGAGUACCCUUCUGAGCAGCUACAGCCUCAAACCCUGGCGCUCUGAUACAGUCACUGAGACAGACAUACCAUAUGAACAAGGCUAACGGGUAACUGGACACUUCCCAAAGCCACCGGCCCAGAAGAGGCCUCUUAUGAUACCUGGACAAUCUGAUUUAAAAUCCCAAUUCCCUGGAUGAUUGGAUACGACUGUGGCUCUCUCUCUUCCUCCAUAAUGCAUCUAUCUAGGGGGCAUUGGAGCUCUGGAUGCCCAGAAACAGAAGCCUCUCAUUUGGGUAGUCUCUCUCCCCCACCCUGCUAGGCAGGAUCUCUGACUCAAAACUUGGGGCCCAAACACACAGUCACCUGGACUAACUGUGACAGAUAUUUCUGAGCCAGGCCUUGGUUUAUUUCUUUCAGGUAAGAAGGCUAGCCGCACAUGGCGGGAUUUAAUUUCACUCGGUCUUGAGAGGGAGGGAACAAGUUGUAUAAAGCAGGAUGAUUAUUAUUAUUUUUCAAACAUUUUGCCAGGUGGACUUGCUUUUUAUUUGUUAAUAGUACUUGAAGUUUUCAGUUGAUAUUUGUAAAGUUUCUGUUCUUUGUUUGUUUUUGCCCUUUAAAUUGGAGGGUUGUUGUUAUUUUGACUUCAACGCUGAUUUGUUAUCAACCUCUCUUUGGGGGGGGGUACCGUCGGGAGUGGUGUAGAUAUUAUGAGGAUACAUAUUCAUAGAUGUGACUGUUCAAUAUAGAUAUUAAGAAUUGUGAUUUGACGAGAGUGGGUUUUGAAUAGAUGUUGUAUAAAUCCGAAACCUUGCUGGUGUGAUAGGACUGACACUCUCAAACUAGAUGGUGUUUGUGUCUUAAUAGGGUAACUUGCGUACUACUUAGUAUUGGCUAUGCAUACUAGGUAGUGCUAAUGUGUCUAUUGGAAUACACUAGAUAAACACUGUCACAGAUUGCACUACAGGAACAAACAACCAGUCUCUUUGGGUUGUUGGAACCACCCUUUACCAUGUCAGCAGCUUUAGAAUAGAAGGACCGGACUUAGCUAACGUUUGCAUCAGUUUUUUUCAAGUACAGGAUACAACUCCAGAAACAAAGCUAAACCAUGAUAUACUCUUUAUUUUACUCUACCAUAUUGUCAUAACCUAUUUUCCUCGAAGAAAACAAGUGUAAACUUAGUAAGUCUGGCCCUAAAAGACAGACAUGAUUUUAGUAAUCAAGCAAAGUUUAAUCCUAAAAUGAUGUUGUAAAGCAGGCAGAAAAACAAUGUAGGCUACAUUUCAUGGAUGACUUCCGAGAUAUGCAAAACCGGUCGUUUUAUUUCAGUGGUGUUUUUCCUCUUCUGUAUGGGUAGUCCUUUAUUUCAGAGCCAUAUCGAUGCGUACUGGUUAAGUAUUCAACCGAGCCACUGGAUAACACCUUUAUUGUUCGUGUUGUCUUUUAUUAAACACGGCUUUGUUGAUAGUCUGUACGUACAUAAAACCAAUGGGAUCAGAUUGGAGUAGGCUAUAGCAGGAGAACCUUUCCCAUUGGCUUCUUUAUUCACCAAUUAGAGGUCAUACAUUUUUAUAAGAUUCCUGAUUGGUUGGAGGAGAUCCUCCUGAAUUCCUGAAUCUGCUUGUGUGUUGUAGCUGGUACUGAGUGGUGACGCAUCUGUAUCUAGACUUCAUUUCUAUCUUUGUACUACCUCCUGGUGAGCUUGGCAGUCAAAUAGAGACAGGGUUGGGGCUCAUUGUGAAUUCAUGAUGGGGUCUCAAAUUUGAAAUGCAGGUUUGGGCAACUUGAUAUACCAUAUGCAAAUAAAAUAAUUAUAU